AUGGCUGGAGAAAUACGUGACCAGCAACCAAAUCCUUGGAGGAACCAUCUUGAUGAGCCGCCUUUGGACGAGGUCCAAGACCGCAUACCACGAGAAGGCCUUGGACCGGAGCUUAACCGAGCCGAUAGGCUACACCGAGGAGACUUAGGCGAUCACCAAGGAGGGGAGAACCAAGAGACCGUUGGAGACAGUGACUCUAGACCAGAGCUUCUCCAAAGCCGUAGCCCUAUCCGGACUUACGAGGGCCACCAGUUUGAGAUCAAGCCGCGAGUCAUUGCUUUGGUAAAACAAAGUCAAUACCACGGGCUUAUCGAAGAAGAUCCGUUGGAUCAUGUCGAUUCUUUUGAAGAAUUGUGCAGCACAACUAGUGCAAAUGGAGUUCCGGGCGACUACUUGAGAUGCCGGCUCUUUACUUUUACCUUGGCGGGAAAAGCACUCAAGUGGCUCAAGUCUCUCCCGUCUCGCUCAAUCACUACAUGGAUGGAGUUCAAGAAAGCUUUUCUUGGUCAGUUUUAUACAAAGCAGCGGACUAGCUUGAUGAGGAGCAAGAUCGUUGGCUUUCAGCAAGGGCCAAUAGAGCCGUAUCAUGAGGGAUUGGAGCGCUUCAAGGAAUACAUAAGAGAUUGCCCACAACAUGGCUUCUCGGAAGUAAACUUGUGGAACACGUUUUAUGAGGGAAUAAGGCGCGAGCACAAGCUGUAUCUUGAUAUAGCUAGCAACGGGAACUUCAUGAGUAAGUCCAUAGAGGAAGCCAAAACAUUGAUUGACAACUUAGCGGUCAGUGACAGCAAGAAUCAACCGAGCUAUGAAGAAACGAUCAAGGCAAUCAACGCGAGACCGGGACUAGUUGAGUUUGAGGAGCUGAAGUCCAUGAUCGCUAAGCUUUUGGAGAGAGAACCGGAGCAUCGCUUGAGCCCCCAGAUACAACAUCCGGCUGAAACCCGACUUGGCGCUAAGGACCAUGGAGGAGAGCUUAAGGCUUUGAUCUAUGAGUUCAUUGGUGAACAGAGAAAGGCGAACAAGGAGAUCAAUGAGAAGAUACACUAUGUGUAUCACGACUUGAACAAUAAAUUUGGGUCGCUAGAGUCGCACAUCAAGGAGCUUGAUCUUCAAAUAGCAAACAUAGCCGGUACAAUCAAGAAACCGCUUGGAGUCCUCCCUGGUCGAACUGAGGCUAACCCCAAGAAGGAACAUAUAGCGGCCAUCACUCUUAGGAGCGGUACGCAGUUAGACGAAGUGGAGAUGCCACCGGAGCUCAUAAGGAAAGAACCUCAACCGGAGGUAAUAUGGAAAGCGUGGAAGAAGCGGCUGGCGAGCAAACAAAGACAAAUCUUGAGGAGAGCGCCGCGCCAACAACACCUACUCUGCGCGUGUAUAAGCCAAAAGUGCCCUACCCCGGAUCAGUGA